UGUGCGACGGAAUAACAAACGAUGAAACGAACGUCAUCUAAAUCGGAAAGGAAGGGCGAUGUUGCACAUAGACAGCUGUCGUUUCAUUUUCAGCUGAUUUUUGUAUACGCUAGAUAUCAUUGUGAACCUGAGUACAUAUCUUAGCACUGUGUUGAGUUACUGCAUCAUUUUCAGAGCAAUCUUUAUCGAUUGGAUAAUCUCCUUAAGCAGCAAAGCGGAACAAUCGAGAAGCAUAGUUUUGUAGGCACGAACAAAGGGAGAUGGUCCAUUGAGUGCGGGUGGUGCGUAACGGGCGGCCGUGACGUCACAAGAGCGAGGUGUCGAGGCCGAUGCGGCGGAUGCGGAGAGUUCGUUCGUGAUCUCGGCGCUACGGGGAGCGCGGCGGGCACGCGCAGCUGAGAGGGCCAGCCUGGCCUCCAGUGAGUCGGGCGACGAGGGCGCAGGCCAGCGGCCGCCGCGCAAGCGCACCCGCAGGCUGUCGCCGGAGCCCGCGGCCAUGCACCAGCCGUGCGCCAACGGCGCGGUGGGCGCUCAGCACCAUGUCAAUGGUGAUGCAGUCGCCACCAACGGUGACUUCCAACCACCCGGGCGACGCAUGAGCCAGACGGACCAGGAGAUUGUGCGUCUGAUCGGCCAACACUUGCUCUCUGUUGGAUUGGAGCGGAGCGCGGCGCUGCUGAUGGAAGAAUCGGGGCUGCACCUGGAGCACCCGGCGGCCGCCACCUUCCGCCAGCACGUCUUGGCCGGCGACUGGCUCAAGGCGGACCACGACCUCCGCGCGUUGCACGACCUGCUGCAGGACUCGCCGCACGUCGACCCCCACAACCUCGCCGAGAUGAAGUUCGUGGUGUUGGAGCAGAAGUACCUGGAGCACCUGGAAAGCGGGCGCGUGCUGGACGCGCUGCACGUGCUGCGCAACGAGCUGACCCCGCUGCAGCACGACACGGCGCGCGUGCACCGCCUGUCAGCCCUGAUGAUGUGCGCCGACGCCGCCGAGCUGCAAACGCGCGCGCGCUGGCCCGGCGCGGGGCCGCUCUCGCGCUCCGCGGUGCUGGCGCGCGUGCAGGCCGUGCUACCGCCGGCGCUCAUGAUGGCGCCGGGCCGGCUGCGCGCGCUGCUGGCGCAGGCGGCGGCCCAGCAGNNUGGCCCGGCCGUGCUACCGCCGGCGCUCAUGAUGGCGCCGGGCCGGCUGCGCGCGUUGCUGGCGCAGGCGGCGGCCCAGCAGGCGGCGCGCUGCCGCUUCCACGCCGCGCCUCGCCCAGCGCCCCACGCCACGCACAUCCCCUUCACCCUGCUGGCCGACCACCACUGCUCGCCCGACCACUUCCCCAUACACCAGCUGCAGGUGCUGAACGAGCACUGCGACGAGGUGUGGUACUGCAAGUGGUCCCCCGACGGCUCAAAGCUGGCCUCGGGCUCCAAGGACAACACCGUCAUGAUAUGGGACUUCGACCCCGUCGCCAAGCGUCUCACCUUCAGGAAAUCGUUCGAGGGGCACUCGUUCGGCGUGUCGUUCCUGGCCUGGAGCCCCGACGGGCGCUACCUGCUCUCCGCCGGACACGAGGACUGCCCCGACAUCUGGAUCUGGAACAUGGAGACGGAGCGGCUGCACGUGAAGAUGUCGCACUCGACGGAGGACUCGCUGACGGCGGCGGCGUGGCACGCCUCCUCCGACAAGUUCGUGUGCGGCGGCGCGCGCGGACAGUUCUACCACUGCUCCGCGGACGGCGUGCUGCUCAACAGCUGGGACGGCGUGCGCGUCAACGCUCUCGCCUGCCGCAGCGACGGGCGCAGCGUGCUCGCCGCCGACACGCACCACCGCGUGCGUCAAUACGACUUCACCGACCUCGCCGACCGCAACGUGAUCCAGGAGGAGCACGCGGUGAUGGCGAUGACGCUGAACGCGGCCGACACGCUGCUGCUGCUCAACGUGGCCAACCAGGGUGUGCACCUCUGGGACAUACGUGCGCGCGCGCUGGUUUUAAUUAACUUAGCGAGCGUGUGUGUGCGUGUGUGUGUGUGCGAGCAGGUCUACAUCUGGCACAUAAACGGCGAGGAGCCCAUCGCGGUGGUGUCGGGGCACACGCGCUGCGUCAACGCGGUCUCCUGGAACCCCGUGCACCAUGACGUCAUCGUCUCCGCCUCCGACGACUUCAGCCUGCGUCUGUGGGGCCCGCCGGAAUAA